AGGUUGAUCAUCAACUAUAUCGUUCUUUAGUUGAAGCUGAUAUGAUAUGGCCCCCCGACUACAAUCUCGUCUGGGUCGUUAUAAUUUUCUGCGCAACGCUUAUUUGUCAGCAGUGACUGGUUUACCGACAGAUGAAAAUAAUCCAAAUAAUAGUGAACGGCCAAGAACUCAUCCAAUUGAAUGUCCUACCUGUUUUCAAUCACAUUCACCAUCAACACCAACGUUUGUUUUACUACCUGGUUGUUGGCAUAAUUUAUGCUUUAAUUGUCAUCAACGUAUAGCUACAAUGCCAGAAAUCACUCAACGACGUUGUCCUAUCUGUCGGACACCACUUGAAUCAAGAGAGAUCACAGGUAUCAAUGCUCGACGUCGACAACCUUUAACACUUAUUCACUAUGCUGGUAAUGAAACAAAGCAAGAAAAUCAAAUGAAAUCUGAAGAUAACGAAGAAGACUUGAAUAUAGUGGUAAGUUAG